CUAUGGACGCUCCAACCGGAGUAAGAUGGCUGCCAAACAUCAGCAAAGGAUCAGUCAGCACUACAGCGGACAAGUCAAAAACCUUGUCCGGGAUGGUUUUGGUGUGUAUGUGUAUCCAAAUGGUUUCUUUCGCUAUGAAGGCGAGUGGAAGAUGGGAAAGAAACACGGACGUGGAAAACUUCUGAUGAAAGAUGGCAGUUUCUACGAGGGUGAAUUUGUCAAAGGAGAAAUCGAAGGGAAUGGGCUACGUUACUGGGCACACUCAGGUGACUCGUACUCUGGGCAGUUCAAACACGGUGAGCUCCAUGGGAGUGGAGUGAUGCGCUCUGCCGGUGGGAAGAAGUUUGAGGGGGAAUACUGCUAUGGAAUACGAGAAGGGCACGGGUGCUUCCUGGAUAUGGAGGGCCACACGUACGAGGGCUCGUUUCAUGAGAAUCAGAAGCAUGGAGAAGGCAUAAUGAAUUACAGGAAUGGUGAUCAGUACGAAGGCGACUGGCUGCUGGAUCAGAGGCAAGGCCACGGUGUGAUGCGCUUUGAGGAUGGCUCCAUUUACGAGGGUCAAUGGAGGAAUAAUCUCUUUAAUGGCCAGGGGACCAUGAUACACUGCUCCGGAGUUGUCUUGGAAGGCUUAUGGAUAAACGGCAGUCCGUCCGGGGUGGCCUCUAAAAUGCUGGUGGACGGUGGGGAUGUUCUGGAAGUCUUCCAGGGGUCUCCGUUCAGCAUGGACGUGUUCCUCCAGACGGGCGGCGGAGAAAUCGCCACGGGUGAAAGCGGACGGCUUCUCCAGAUUAGUGUCGGGGUUCGGUUUAGCGGAAUCCGUCCAACGUCAUCUUCCUCAAACCUGUUGAAGCUUAUUGAAGACAUGGAGGAGAAGCCAAUCCCGACGCCAUUCGGGUUUGACUUUAUUAGCUACCCUUUGAUGGAGAGAGGCUUUGAAAGGGAGGACUCCCGAGGCACGGCCCCCGUCUCUGUGGCUAAAUCCGGAUUUGUGCAGACUGACUCGCCAGUCCCCGAGGGGGAGCGGGAGUCUGGGAGUGGAUCAUACGGCAGGGGACUCAGAGGGGCUGCCCCAAGCUACCUGGAUGGUAAGACGGGACGUGGAGAUCAGUCUGAAAAUGGGGCUUCCAUCGCAACCAUAGAGUCAUCUUCCGCGGCGGAGGACGUGUCGGGCAUGGAGAGAGGCCCGGCGUAA